AUGCUAUUUGAGAGAGAGGAGGAGACGCGCAAAUCCAGUCCUGCUACAGCGCCGUCAAUGGCAAGCAAGCGCUGUGGACAAAGCACGUAUAGCCAAUUUCCAGUUGCGCCAUGGUUUCGACACCGAUUCCCAAUCUGUGGAUUGUAUUUUGUCUUUAUGUAUGUCAUCAGGCGAGCAUGGGGAUAGCACAAAACACGAAAGAAGUAAUCCUUUUGGACUCUAAAGCCCAACAGACAGACCUGGAGUGGAUUUCAUCUCCUCCAAGUGGGUGGGAGGAGAUAAGCGGGCUGGAUGAAAACUACACCCCGAUCCGGACUUACCAGGUCUGCCAAGUUAUGGAGCCCAAUCAGAACAACUGGCUUCGGACUAGCUGGAUCGCAAAGGGAGCCGCCCAAAGGAUAUUUGUGGAAUUGAAAUUCACCUUGAGGGAUUGCAACAGCUUACCAGGUGUUGUGGGGACAUGCAAGGAGACAUUCAACCUGUAUUACCGGGAAACAGAAUCCGAGGUGGGCAGGGAAAUAGGGGAGACCCAGUAUGUGAAAAUUGACACCAUUGCUGCUGAUGAAAGCUUCACCCAGGGAGACUUGGGAGAAAGGAAAAUGAAGCUGAACACAGAGCUGCGUGUUAUUGGUCCCCUGUCCAGGCGAGGGUUUUAUCUGGCCUUUCAGGAUGUUGGGGCCUGCAUCGCCCUAGUAUCUGUCAAGGUCUAUUACAAGAAGUGCUGGUCAAUCAUCGAGAAUCUGGCCAUUUUUCCAGACACGGUCACGGGAUCGGAUUUCUCUUCCUUGGUGGAGGUGGAAGGAACAUGCGUUAGUGGUGCAGAGGGGGAGGCAAAAACCUCUCCCAAGAUGCACUGCAGCACUGAGGGGGAGUGGCUUGUGCCCAUUGGAAAAUGUAUCUGCAAAGCAGGAUUUCACCAGAAAGGUGACUCGUGUGAGCCCUGUGGCCGGGGGUUCUACAAGUCGUCUUCCCAGGACCUGCAGUGCUCCCGCUGCCCCGCCCACAGCUCCAAUGACAGGGAGGGCUCCUGGUCUUGUGCCUGCGAGGAUGGGUACCACCGGGCCCCCUCUGACCCCCCGUACAUGGCCUGCACGAGACCGCCUUCUGCUCCUCAGAACCUGGUCUACACAGUCAACCAGACCACGGUCUACCUGGCAUGGGGCCCCCCGGCGGACAUGGGCGGCCGGCGCGAUGUCACGUACCGGGUGGUCUGCCGGCAAUGCGGCGGCACCAAGGAGGACUGCUUGCCCUGCGGCGGUGGGGUUAGCUUUGCCCCACAGCAAGCCGGGCUGCUGGACACCAGUGUGACGGUGCUGGACCUCCUGGCCAACACCAACUACACCUUUGAGGUGGAGGCAGUCAACGGCGUCUCUGACCUCAGCCGGACACAGCGGCUUUUUGCGGCAGUCAGGGUGGCCAUCACACAAGCAGCUCCCUCACAGGUCAGCGAGUUGAUCAAGGAGAGGGUGCAGCAGCGCAGUGUCCAGCUCUCCUGGCAGGAGCCAGAACACCCAAAUGGCAUCGUCACCGAAUAUGAGAUCAAGUACUAUGAGAAAGAUCAAAAGGAUGGCAUUUAUUCCACUGUGAAAUCAGAGUCAACCUUGGCUACAGUGAACGACCUUAAGCCAAGCACGGCUUAUGUGUUUCAGAUCCGCGCGGUCACGGCGGCGGGGUUCGGCGCAUACGGCCCCAGUUUAGAAGUCACCACUCAGGAUGAGGCCACAGCUGCCGCGGUCUCUGGCGAACAGAACCCGGUCAUCAUCAUCGCUGUGGUGGCUGUGGCGGGAACCAUAAUCCUGGUGUUCAUGGUGUUCGGGUUCAUCAUUGGGAGAAGGCACUGUGGGUACAGCAAAGCUGAUCAAGAUGGGGAUGACGAGCUCUAUUUCCAAUUCAAAUUUCCAGCCACUAAAACAUACAUUGACCCUGAAACUUAUGAGGACCCAAACACGGCUGUCAAUCAAUUUGCCAGGGAGCUGGAUGCUUCCUGCAUUAAGAUUGAGCGGGUAAUUGGCACAGGGGAGUUUGGGGAAGUGUGCAGUGGCUGCCUGAAGCUUCCGGGGAAGAGAGACACACCUGUGGCCAUCAAGACUUUGAAAGUAGGUCACACGGAGAAGCAGAGACGUGACUUCCUGUCAGAGGCAAGCAUCAUGGGACAGUUUGAUCAUCCCAACGUGCUCCGCCUGGAAGGAGUCGUAACCCGGGGUAAACCAGUCAUGGUUGUGAUAGAAUAUAUGGAGAAUGGAGCAUUGGAUUCAUUUCUUAGAAAACAUGACGGUCAGUUUACAGUCAUCCAGUUGGUAGGAAUGCUCAGAGGUGUCGCGGCAGGGAUGAGAUACCUCUCUGACAUGGGCUACGUCCACGGAGAUUUGGCCGCUCGUAACGUUCUUGUCAACAGCAACCUUAUGUGCAAAGUGUCUGACUUCAAGCUGUCUAGACCAACGGACGAUGGUCCCGAUGCUGUCUACGCAACAACAAUGUUUCAGGGAAAAAUUCAAGACAUAAUGAGCCUGAUCUUCACUCCGUCGAAUAACGUCCAACUCAAUGAGCAGGGUGGGAAAUUACCAGUGAGGUGGAUGGCACCUGAAGCCAUCCAGCACCGCAAGUUCACAUCUUCGAGUGAUGCAUGGAGUUAUGGUAUUGUUAUGUGGGAGGUCAUGUCCUAUGGGGAGAGACCAUACUGGGACAUGGCCAAUCAAGACGUGAUAAAGGCAAUCGAAGAAGGCUACCGUCUCCCUGCACCAAUGGACUGUCCCCCUGGUCUACACCAACUGAUGCUGGACUGCUGGCAAAAAGACAGGGCAGAACGGCCAAAGUUUGAUCAGAUAGUUAAUGUCCUGGAUAAAAUGAUUCGGAAUCCCAACACAUUGAAAACCCCAGUAGGGACAUGCACAAGGGCGAUUAGCCCCCUUUUAGAUCCAAACACACCAGACUUUGCCACGUUCCAUUCUGUGGAAGAUUGGUUGGAAGCCAUUAAAAUGGAAAGAUACAAAGAGAACUUCACGGCGGCAGGGUACAGCUCAUUUGGCUCUGUGGCGAGGAUGACUGCUGAGGACGUUAUGAGCUUGGGGAUCACCUUAGUGGGCCAUCAGAGGAAGAUCAUGUGCAGCAUCCAGUGUAUGAGGGCACAGAUGAUGCAUCUUCACAAUGCUGGCAUCCAGGUUUGACUGCCGACCGAGCCCCGCCCACAACAGGAAGAGCAGACUUACUGACUGGACAAAAACAGAGGCGCAACCGCAGAUAAACAUCGAAAUAAAACAAAAGAGCGAACAAAUGAAAGAAACAAAUGUGUUGGUUUUCAACAUCUACCCCUCUCGAAUAUACGGGGGAAAAAAACAGUUCGGUUGUUCGUCCUCGCUGGAGUGAAUAUGGGAGCAAAUUUUUCUGCGACUCCCUGAAGAAAAAGACGAAAAGACUUCACCGUAUGAGAUUUCUUAAGCUCAGAGGAACUCUUAAAUGGGAUUCAAAAACAAGAUGGGGCAUCUGGAAAGAUUGCUCUAAAAUUGUUUUUGCUUUGUUCCUUUCAUAUUGUAAGGUUUGAUUUUUGUCCCUAUAAAUUUGGGUUCCUCAUACACAGAUUGCUUGUCGGGAGAAAAAAAAAAAACAUAUUUCCUUGGAGUUGUGAUUUCAGCACUUUUUGUAGUGUUUUUUUUUAUUUUUUUUUUUAAUAACAAUUCUGUGGUAUGCUAUACAGAACCAUAUUCAUUAUUCAAUUUUAAAUACAGUAUAUAUAUAUUAAUGUGCGCAAAACAGGGUAAAAUUACAUAAUGGAAAGUAGUAUCAGAGUCAACAUGGAAAAACAGGCAACAAUGCUCAUGUUCUGUUGGACUACUAUAUGUUUUAGCAAUCUGAUCUGAAGUUUCAUGGUUUAACUCUUCGCUAACUGAUGCAGCAUGGAUCAGACAACGUCCGGCAAAAUAGAGUGGUUCAUGAAAUAAAAUUAUCUGGGUAGUGUAAGGUGCAAGGUGUGAUGUAUGCAGACAUGAACACACAAAGUGUCAACUUCAGCAACCUGAAUUGUGAAAUGUUCCAAUGUAUAUGCAAAACAGCAACAUGAAUGAAAGCCCCUCUUGACAAAUAACCUCAUCAAUAGCUUUCCAAAUUACAAAUGUAAUUUAAAAAGGAUGCCCCACAGAUGAAAAAACUAAAUCCAUUCUUAUUUUAUAUGAGGAUUUUUGUAUGAACUGCUACAGUUGCUUCAUUACUGGGUAAAUAAAUAAUCAUCACCAACCCAAUGAUAAAUCAAAUACCUAUGGAAAUUAGUUAACCAUGACUCCGCUGACCAAUAAUAAGUUCAAACUGAAUUAAUUUCCUGUCAAAGUGCUAUCUAGGGAGUUUAUAUAUUUUGACAAUUCCUGUCACUUCUGUUUAAAAGAGAACACAAAGGCAUUUUCAAGUGGUAGAUUGCCUAGAGAGAGCAUGCGAUUGUUUAUUUAUCUUCUCGAUCUAGCCAGGUGAUUGCUUGGCUGAAACAUCCAGCAGAGAACCACAUAUUCUUUUUCUAAGUUCUGUUUCCUAUGACCAGGGUAAAAUAAUGGGGAAAAAAAUAAAGAACAGUCUACUCUAUGUAAGUGCUUCAGUUCUUAAAUCCAAUGCACUGGUGCUAUCGCUGUUCAGAUUGCAUAUCAGAUUAAUGUGAAUAUUAUUAUUAUUAUUAUUAUUAUUAUUAUUAUUAUUAUUAUUAUUAUUUUAGAAUUGUAAGAUAUUGCCUUGCAGUUUAUGUUCAUUACUGACUUUAAAUAUGGAGUUUUUAACUUUAAAGGAGGAAUACAUUGCAACAUGCAUAUUAAGUGUGUAUAUUGCCAAAUAGAACGUUGUUAGUAAACACACAGAAAGCAAGUUAAAUGGAUGUGACCAAAUAAUUCAUUAUUUUAUUAUUUUGAGACCAUGUUACUGAUUUUGAUCUGAUUUACUCUUGUGAAUUAUUUAAUAAAUCCUUUUUAAACAUUCAUUUUUUUAUUAUAAAUAUGCCAGAGUUGUGCAUAACACAUUUUUCAGUGAUAUUAUUCAGUUUCAUUUCUGAACAUGGGAGUGAGUCAUUAUUUACAAAGGAAGAAGGGGAAUUUCAUAAGGGAAUUGGAGAAGGCAUGGUUCAAUUAUUUAAAUAUUUUGUCUGAGAUGGCACAGACUACCGCUGGUGGUGGUAAACCGGUAAUAAAAUUUCCCUGAAGGUUGUUUUAAUAUCACUUUGGUCAGAAAGUAUGAAACUGUAUUAUAUAAAAAUACAAAUUUAAUAUGACGAAAACUUAAAAUUAAAUCUGAACAUCGGAAGCAUGGUUCGGAAAAUAACUUUUUAACAAAAUCAUGGAAAUCCAUUUGAAAGUUUAUUACCUAUUUCCUAGCUGUGUUUAUUAAUAUUUCCAAGUACAUAAUAGUUCUCAGUUUAUUAGUAAUUCUGCAUUUAAUGGCUGGUUUGUGAUCAGAGGCUCUCCGAUGUGAAAAGAAUAGUAUUAAAAUACUAUCAAAAUGUAGUAGUUUUGAAACAUUAUAACUGAUAAUUGAGUGAAUGUGUGUCUGAAAUGGUAGUUCUUAAUAAUAAUAAUAAUAAUAAUAAUAAUAAAGUCGGAUGAAGGCUUUCACUUCACCUCUUUCUUGAAUCAACUCUUUUGAAAGUGGGCUUGCUAUUAGGUGGUAAUAGUACAGGAUACUGGUUUAUGCUUUCAUGUUAUCUGCCUGUCAAAAUUUAAACGUCUGCAUUUUUCACCACCUUUAUCAUUUUUGUUAAAUCAAGCCCCCUUAUAGCUACAUCAGUGAGCACUGAAACACCCAGCUCUCCUGCUGCUACUUCUAAGUCCUCACAGCAGGCCAUCCGCACCAAAGGCUGGGAGCCACAGCGACAAGCUGUGCAAGUGAAAGCCUAAGUUAGUGGUAUCCAGAGCAGCGCACACAGUGGGAAUGAUGCCACCUUUGCUUGUUGCCUCCCACCUCGCAUGGGGCCGGAUGUCAGGGUAUUGACUGAUGCCAUUGACUGAUUAAUGCUUCUUUUCACUUAAGAUUCGUCAAUCCCAGAAUCAGCUGUAUUACAGAUGCAGUAGAUCACUCUGAAUGCCUUUACUCUGUCACCAGCCCUGUGUAUGGAUAUCUGCUGUACAGAUUUGUGAGGAACUAAAAUUCUAAAAUUGGGUUUUCAUAACUUGAUAACACAUGCAUAUACAGAGGCGUGGAAUAUAGCACAUACGUAUAUAGGCAUGGAAUCAGAAACCCCCAUCAGUUUGGGUCACAAAAAUGUACUCGCCAAACUGUGUUUGCGAAUAAAAUGAGGAACAAUUUUUUGUGGCUGCGAAUCAAAGUUAAGGUAAACAUUGACAGAAUCAAUUCAGUUCUGUAAACAGUCUUGGUAUUUUGGCUCUGCCUGUAUAAAGCAGUAACAUAACAAUGACAUGGAGCAAGCUGGUUCCCAGUGGGAAAACCAGAAAAUUGGUAGAGCAUGAGGCUGGGUUAUGUUUCAAGACACAGAAAAAAUAAGAGAAUGAAUGAUUUUUGUGAUGGGAAGUUAGGAAAGCAAGUUCCUGUGUAAUCACUGGAUACAAAAAUAAUGUCUAGCUCCAGGAAAUUGGAACAUUGUGGUGAAAAAUAUUACCAUGAACUGCAGUUUGGCAUCUGUUGCUGGUCUGCAGUGCAUACUGAACGUGAAUGCCUCCUCUUUAUCGUAUGUGAUCUUAGAUAAUACAGAACCUAUAAGCUGACCCUUUAUGUGUUCACUGUCUGUAAUGAACAACUAAAAAGGCCAGAAUGUUGCUUUUUCAUCAAUGUUGCAUUUAUUGAAAUUGUAGUUCUCUUUACUAUUGUACCUACACCUAAAGGUGUUAGAUAUAAUAUAUUCAAUUUCUGAAGUGGAUGACAAACAAAAAAGUUCAAAGUAACAUUUGUUUGCUUUUGUUAAAAUCAACAUAGAAUUAAUGACAUUGUUGUUUGUUAGUUUAAGUCUGGCUGUUGACAAACUGUGGAUGCAAGCCACUUGCAGACAAAUCUAAAGGAUUAAGCGUCAUGAGUUGUUUUAAAGCACCUGUGGGAGGAAUGUUUGUAUACAUUUGCCCAAAUGUAAAAAUUUGUAAAUUGUAUUUAUAUUUGCUUUUUGAUUUUGCUUUGUUUUUAUGAGCACAUUGCUCUGUACUGAGUAAUACAUUGAAAUUGCACUAUAUUUUUCUAUCCCACUUUUAGGAGAGUAUUUCCAUCACAGUUUUAUUAUUUCUCAUUUAGGGUCAGUAUAUCCAUCAGGGUGCUUUUAUUCUAUUUCAAUUGUACUUUCAAUGUACAGCAAUGUGUAUCAGUUAUUUAUAUUUCUGUACAAUAAUCUCACCGGGUAGUUUCUCUUUUCAUCCACUGUAAAAACUUCUGCCAUGUAAUUUCUUGUUCCUUAGAUAUCCAUUUGCCCUGCAGUCUUUGUAAUAUGUUGUAAAUAUAUAUUUUGGAAAUAUAAUGCAUUCUCUGCAAAACUGGUUUUAUAAUUGAAUCUGUUAUCCUAUUGACGUAAAGAUAGAGAAAGGUUUGUGAAGUGGUAUUUUUCAGAAGCUCACAUUCAACUCUCAUUCAACUACUGAGUUUCUGUGAUA